AAGCAAUAUAUAAACACAUUUGCAUUUCGAAUGUCUUCAUUUUGUACAACCGUAUUCAAGCGUGCUGUAAAGGCGUGAUUAUUGAUCGACCGAAUUUACGUUCACGAGAGCUAAUGGCAUUCACAGUAACGAGCCCAAAUGUCGUGUAUACCGAUGAAUAUAUCGAAAGUUUGUUUCACUACGAGUCUUCUGAGGUGAAACAGCAUGGCGGGAAAAUAGAAGUGAUUCCUAAAAGGACGGUUUAUACUUUUAAAACCGAACGAAAAGUGCCGAAACUCGGCUGCAUGCUCGUUGGCUGGGGUGGCAACAACGGCACAACACUUACGGCGUCUGUACUUGCAAAUAAACUCGGCAUUUCAUGGAAUACAAAGUCGGGUAUAAAGAAUCCGAAUUACACCGGCUCUGUGACACAAGCUUCGACGGUAAGCUUGGGAACAGGGCCAGAUGGAGAGGUUUUUGUCCCUCUCAAAGCAUUGCUACCGAUGGUCGAGCCAAACGAUAUAAUAUUCGACGGUUGGGAUAUCAACUCGAUGAAUAUAGCGGAUGCCAUGCAACGAGCCGAAGUUUUGGACUUCGACUUACAGCGUCAACUUCGCCCCCAUCUCGAGAAACUGACACCCCGACCUUCGAUCUAUUGCCCAGAUUUUAUAGCUGCAAAUCAAGCCGAUCGAGCCGACAAUGUCCUCAAAGGCACUAAAGCUCAAAUGGUCGAACAAAUUCGGGCGGAUAUUCGUGAUUUCAAAGCGAAAAAUGACCUCGACAAGGUGAUUGUACUUUGGACGGCGAACACCGAACGAUUUUGUGAAAUUCGAGCUGGCCUGAACGACACCAGCGAGAACCUGCUUGCUUCGAUCGCCCGCAACGAGGACGAAGUGUCUCCAUCGACCCUGUUCGCCGUUGCAAGCAUCAAGGAGGGCUGUUCUUACAUCAAUGGUUCUCCACAAAAUACCUUCGUACCAGGCGUGGUUGCACUUGCCGAAAAAUGCCAAACAUUCCUCGGGGGAGACGAUUUCAAGUCUGGUCAGACCAAAAUCAAGUCGGUUCUAGUUGAUUUCCUGGUUAGCGCUGGCAUCAAACCCGUGUCGAUCGUGAGCUAUAACCACUUGGGAAAUAACGACGGCAAGAACCUGUCUUCGGCCAAGCAGUUUCGCUCGAAGGAGAUUUCCAAGAGCAAUGUGGUCGAUGAUAUGGUGGAUUCCAACCCUAUUCUGUACGAGAAAGGUGAGAAACCUGACCAUUGUGUUGUUAUCAAGUACGUACCCUAUGUGAAAGAUAGCAAGCGUGCCAUGGAUGAAUAUACCUCUGAAAUAUUCAUGAAUGGCACAAAUACCCUUGUAAUCCAUAAUACAUGCGAAGACUCCUUGUUAGCCGCACCAAUCAUCCUGGAUUUGGUUAUUCUCUGCGAGGUGUGUGAGAGGAUAAAGUUCCAAGCUGGUGGUGACACCAAAUUCCAGAGUUUCAACACCAUACUUUCCAUUCUGAGCUACCUACUUAAAGCACCUUUGGUACCCAGUGGUACACCAGUGGUAAAUGCUUUGUUCCGCCAGCGUGCUUGCAUUGAAAACAUUUUCCGUGCUUGUGUUGGGCUUGCCCCCCAGAAUAAUAUGUUACUGGAGCAUAAGCAUUCCUGUGGUACCAAGCAAACUAAGCAAGAACAUGAAAUAAACGGUUGGAUAGAAAAUGAAGUUAAGUCUGACUUGAUAAAUGGACUCAAUUCUGAUCUUAUAAACUCUGAUGUACGUCACAUACCCCAACUGAAGUCUAUUGUAUAAUUGUAGUUAUACUAUUCCCUAUCAAAACUUACAUAUUGUAUUUAAUUAAGAGAUGUUAUGGUUGUAAUGCUAUUUGAUUUUUAGCUAUUUAUUGCUGUUAAAGAGUAGCAUUGUCUAUUUGUUUGGUAAACUUUGAACAAUGCAAAGGACAUUAGAUGGCAUUGAUUUACAGGUACACUUGCACGCUAACAACAAAUAUGAAGUUUAUUUUAGGUCUUUAUUCAUAAUUCUUGCAAAACCGUUGUACUGUUUGUUAAUAUAAAAGUUUGAUCAUUUA